AUGCUGGACGACUCUGAGAUAAUUGAAGAAGACAUGAACUACGAUGGAGACAAUGAUGUCAAGGCCAAGCGUAGGAUUCCACGGCGUCAGCGUACACGUACCAGGAGUCCCUCUAGAAAGGGCUUGGCCCAGCAUUUGGGUAUGCAUUCUAGCUCUACCAGUAAGAAAGAUAAGGGACACAGGAGCACCAAGAGUCUUGAUGGAACUCCAAUCCGAGCUUUGGGCGCCAAGCAGAAUUCUCUGAGGUCCGUGGACAGUCAGCCAGAUCCAACAAACACGGGACAGACUACGACAACGACCACAACCAGACGAAACAGAAAUACCCUUCCAAACCCUGAUCUAGAAAAAGAGAAUCAAACCAACACCAAUGCUACCACAAACACAAACACAAACACAAACACUUCUUCAGUAGGAGGAGGAGGAGGAGGAGCUUCAGCAGAAGGAGGUCCAGUGGUCAAGACCAAGGCUCUGGUCAAGAAUCUUCGCCUAAGUCGCAAUCUGUCCCGUGUCUUGUACAAUGAUGCUAGAUCUCCUUCACCCUCCAGAAAACUGCUCGCCGCGGAAAUUCUGGUAGCUGCGUCACUCAGAGAAUCACAGGGCCCCGUUAUUCCACAACCACCACCACUGGAACAAACUCCUCUCAUCAUGAUCAGAUUCACAAACAAGGCCACUCCAAAACUCAUUCAACUCGUCGAACAAAGACUCGUCAAGUCAGGACUGAUCGUAUACGACAAGGUGCAGGGAAAGGAUGACUGGGAAGAUUACACAUACUUGUACCUAACGGCCGCACAAGAAGCACUAGAAGCAUUGGCCGAACAAGUGAGAUGGAUGAAACGAACCAAUGAUACCAACGUUGUCGAGUACUUUACCGUACAGCAAAGACGCAAAUUCGUUACCAAAAAGAAACUUGGAGGACCACGCAAAUACUACAAACGAAACAAUCGGAAUCAUCAAACCGACAACAACAACAAAAACAACACGAGCAAUGCACACGGAGGAGAUGACCUUUUCACAUCCAAUGAAUGGUGUCAUCUUGCUUUCCGAUUGCUUGACACCGUGGAAGUAUGGAUGGAUGGAGCAUCAUCCUCAGAACUCAACCUCAUGCUCAUGCUCAAGGAAGAAAACUCUCCACUCGACGACGACGUCCCGCCGCCGCCACCACCACCACCACCACCACCACCACCUCCAAUGGGCUCUCCUUCUACUCGCAUGCAACACAUGCAACGAGGACGACAACGAGGACCCGGAAUUCAACGGCAAUACUCCAAUACAUCCCAGGGCAGUUUCAACAGUAAAGUCACCACAAAGGGUGGCAUGCCCAACCGAAGACGAUUGCGAAAGCAACUUAGCAUGCAAAAUCUAUCCACUCCGGCUUCUCCCGGUGGAACUACCAGUACUGGCAAUAAUAAUAAGCCAUUAUUCGAUCGACGACUCAACUUUCGACGACAAAAAAGCAUCAUGCUGCAACGAGUACGUCAACACGGAAAACGAUCCACUUGUUUGCGGCAUGUACUCGAGUCCAACGAAUACGUCGAUGUCGUAACGCCGCUUCAUUGGGGACCCGCACGAGAUGCCAUUGUUGCCGAAACAUGGAAACCACGACAACUCACUCCACCCAUUCAAGAUAUUCGAAACUAUUACGGAGAAGAUGUUGCAUUCUACUUUGCAUGGAUGGGAUACCUAUCCACUUGGCUCGUCGUACUUGGGGUCAUGGGAUGCAUUACCGUCGUUUGGAGGUGGUUUCGGGGUGACACGGUCGAUGAAGAUGAAUUCACACCCAUGUACGGUAUUUUCGCCUUUUUGUGGGGCAUUCUCUUUUUGAGAUUCUGGGAACGACACGAGCAUCGAUUGGCAUAUCGAUGGGGAACCUACAGUUUAUCCCUACACGACAAACAAAAGCUGCUCACCACACGCCCGCAAUUUCGAGGACGGCUCCGCAUUUCUCCCGUAACGGGCGACUAUGAAACCUACUAUCCCGCCAACCGACGACGGAUGCAUUACGCCGUGUCGGCGUUGGUGACCAUGGUCAUGUUGACCGUGGCCUUUUGGAUGAUGAUUCUCUCACUCAACAUGCAAGGAUACAUCCAUCCCGAACGUAAUCCCGAACGAUGGCAUCCACACAAUCCACAUCCCUUUCAUUAUUCAUACUUUGCCGAGCUCUCGGAAACGGGGCAGCUGUUUGAUGCUCAACACCCCUGGAGGGGGUUCAUCCCCACCAUUGUUCAUGUCGCCCUCAUUUAUAUUCUCAACAGUCUCUACCGCAUCAUUGCCGAAGCGUUGACCAAUUGGGAGAAUCAUGAAACAGAAGCCGCCUACCGAACGUCCUUGGUUGUCAAACGGUUCAUGUUUGAAGCUUUUGACUGCUACGUGGCUCUGUUUUAUCUGGCAUUCUACGAGCGAGAUGUCUAUCGAUUGCAAAUGGAACUGGCGACGGUCUUUAACAUUGACACCUUUCGACGACUGGCCAUGGAAUGCUUCAUCCCCAUUCUAGCGCAAAAGUUUGCCAAGUGGCAGCAUCAUAAAAAGCACGAACUAGAAAAGAGAGCACAAGCCCGAAAGAAUCUGAAACAGGCAGCUGCGGCGGCAGCGGCUGCCGCCAAGAUGAAAAAGAUUGCCGCUCUUGCCGUCGCCAAGAACAAGGCGAAAGCUUCCGCGGCGGCACCGGCCAAGGACAAGACCAAGGAGGGAUCGUCACCCGGUUCUGUGGCAACUUCAAGCUCGUCGCUAUCGGAACCGGCGGACUCGUCGCAGUCCCGUUCGCCAAAGCAACACGGCAACACCAGCACAACCACUGCCAAGGACAAGGUUUCUACUCCCACCAAGAAUCCCAACAAUGACGAUGACGAUGACGAUGACUCGACGUCGCAAUCUCCAUCCAACGCCAAUCCAGCUCUCCUGGACGAGUUGGCAGAAGAAGCCGAGAAGGAUGAAUAUGAGGCAUUUGAUGACUACAUGGAGAUUGUGAUUCAGUUUGGCUACGUGACCUUGUUUGCAUCUGCGUACCCGUUGGCAUCUGUGGUUGCCUUGGCCGCGAAUUGGGUAGAGAUUCGUUCGGAUUGUUUCAAGUUGGCUCGCGUGUGUCGACGUCCCCGAUCGUUGCGUGCCGAAGGGAUUGGUGUUUGGAAGUCGUUGCUGGCGUGUGUGGUAUGGAUGAGUGCCUUGACGAACUGUCUGAUUGUGGGCUUUACGAGUGACCAGAUGAAGGAGAUUUUUCCAGCGUUUUACAUGGUGGACAAGCAUGGCGAUACUCAUUUGGUGCACGACAAGGGUUGGAUCGCGGUGUUUGUCAUUUUUGGCCUGGAACGAUUGCUGAUUGUGACUGGUCUUUUGAUUUAUGCCGUGGUCCCCGAAGUGCCCGAGGACGUGCAAGACGAAGUGGAGCGUUUGCAGUUUAUUCGUCAUCAGGAACACGAGGAUAUCUUGCGUCAAGUGAUGCGCAAACGCAACAAGAAGAAGGCCGUCUGA